GGUGCCCAUCAUACGGAAUAGGCCCGAAAAAAACAGAAACAAGCGCGCGCGAGCGAGCAGGAGAGAGAGAGAGGGAGAGAACAACAACCGAAUAAGCUGCAAUGAAUAAAUAACAAGAUUAAAAUAAUAGGCAGGUAUGUAGCUGCACUGAAUUAAAACGUAAAACGCUGAAAAUGUAUUGUGUUUUGUGAGCGGGCGCGCGCUCACGCACACACGCUCUCACCGCGACGACGGUAAUCGAGUGACGGUUCACAGGUACAGUAACAGCAACAGCAACAAGCACUACAAAUUCACAACGUCGCACGCUACAUGCCACAGGCCACUUGCAGCCACAGUAACAUACGCUCAGGUAUUCAGUUUGGUUCGAGUGUUUCAACGUGUAACACACACGCUGCUGUUGAUCGGCACUACUGCUGCUGCUGCUGCUACUUUUUUUUAUUCUCUCAAUUGGUUACGUUUUCUUUCAUUCCUCCGUUCUAUUUCUUUCUAUCGGUUGUUUAUACUGUGUGUUUUUCUGAUUGAAUGAAAGAAUUUCUGCCAUUUCAUUAUUCGGUUUGGGCUUUGUUGUUUUAUUUUUUUAUUUUUCUCCAUUCGGCUGUUGUUAAUUUAAUUUCUGUUAACAUUGGAGCUACGAACGCAAAAACUCCAUGACUGAAUACUUUACACAAGUUGAAAAUUAAAGAUUUCGUGUGUGUUUGACUGCCGAAGAGUGAUCAUGUUCGUGUCAAUGAUUUGCGUUAUUUGAUCACUUCAAAAAAUAACAAAUUUUUUAAUCAAAUAACAAAAUAAAAAGCAAACAAACUACCCAGCACUUUGAUGCACCUGUAUGAUCAUCAAAACGCCGCUAUCAAACGUGAAAAAUCAACGAAACAUGCAAAUCAAUGUAUGUUCGUGCCGAGGCUAAGAACGAAAAACGCACAGCUUUUUGUUGUGACCUGAUUUGGUGGUGCUAGAGAGAGAACGAGCGAAAAGCGAGGAGACAAGUGCUACACUGUGCACUACGUUAUUUCGUGUAUUUUUUUCGCUCAUUUGUUUGCAAUUUUGCAUUUGUGUGUGUACGUGUGUUUAUGUGCUAUAAAAAUAAUUUAAAAAAAGAAGAAGAGAAUAACUUCUCCACUUUAAAUGUAACAUUUCCAUUGGUGUGUGCGCGUAUUUGCUUGCGCUCAUUUGCGGAACUACGGUAAUUGUUUAUGAAAAGUUCUUUUAACUGCGCAAACGACUAAACUCUGAGUUUCAACUUUGCUCAUCGAAAUAGCUUAGCAAGCUAUUUUCCAUUUGUUGCAAAACAGAAUAGCAAACAAUAACGCCCAGAACAAAACACACACGCGAAAAAUUAACGAAAUGAUGAGAAAAUUAUAGAGAAAGACAAUUUGCAUUUGACAUAUUCUUCUGCGUUGCUCUUUUCGCUUGAUGCUUUCCAUGUUCUCUGUCGAAAAAAAAAACCGAACAACUAGUGAACAGCGUGAGAGCAGUGUGUGGUGUGUGGAGUAGAAAAGAGAAUUCUUGUCCGCGUACACAGAGAAUUCAGUGAGUAUCGGAACUUAAUGUGAAUCCAAGCGUGUGCAUAUAUACCUACAUCUAUAUCCAAUAAGCUGAGGGAUCGUGGCUUACAGAUAAGGAACAAAUUGUGAAGACAGCUGCCAACUGUGCUGCGCUUGUAAAUGGAAUGAAAUAAUGUGUGUUAAGUGUGUGUGUGCGCGUUUGAUAGCGUAAUAUAAUCAGAAAGAAGACCAAUAAAACGCAGGAAAAAAACACUAUCGUCGAAAAAGUAACGUGAUUAAGAAGAUUUGUGUGUGUGCGCGCGCUUGUGUGUUAUUUCAUCGAUGAAAUUAUCGAAAUCAUAGCAGCACGGUAAAGAAGGCAAAAAAUAAAGAGAAAGAGUGAAGAGAAAUGCUAAAGUGCGCGAUAUUCUAACGAAAAAUUGUGAAUUCAUUUUAAUGAGUGCGUACGUUACCUAAAAAAAAGCACGAUCGCCAGUUUUUUCUACAAAAACCGGAAAACCGACGAAAACAGAAAAAGAAAAGACAGCGGUUUUUCUUUCUCACUUACCUUUUUUUCCCGUCGUCGACGUGUGACGGAUCGUUUGAUUUUUCGUUUAUUGUUACUGCUGUUCGUUGUACUUGAUAUUGGAUUGGAGAACAAAUUACUUUGUUUGCGUGGUGAAUUGCUGGAACUCAAUACACUGAAAUACGAACUCUGCUUUAUUUGGCUGGUUCGAGUUUUUUCCUUCGUCUCAUCUCUUCGUUCUGCCGAUCGGACUGAAAUCCGAACAGACAACAACAACAAUAAAAGAAACAUAUAUUCAAAAUGCCAUUUUUUACGAAAAAAUCACCAACACCACCAACGUUCGACAAUAAUAACCACAAAAGUUCAACAACCACAAAUAAUGUCAAUAUUCUAUCGACAGCAUCGCAAUUACCCAUGGCACAGCAUAUUAUUGAGAAAAAAGUGCCAUCGCCGCAAAUCGAUGCAAAUAUACUUAAGCCACAGCUCGUGUUCCACUGUCAAUUGGCACACGGCAGUCCGACCGGGCUGAUUUCGGGAUUUGGCAGCGUGAAGGAGCUCUAUCAAAAAAUUGCUGAAUGCUAUGAUUUUCCCGUUGAUGAGAUUAUUUUCUGCACGCUAAAUUCGCAUAAGGUUGAUAUGACCAAGUUGCUUGGCGGUCAGAUUGGCUUAGAUGACUUCAUUUUUGCGCAUCGCAAGGGUCGACCAAAAGAAAUCGAGAUUGUCAAAUCGGAAGAUGCGCUUGGUCUCACGAUCACAGACAAUGGCGCCGGUUAUGCAUUUAUCAAGAGAAUCAAAGAGGGCAGUGUUAUCGACCAUAUUCCACAUAUUCAGCCGGGUGAUCACAUAGAGAAGUUAAAUAAUAUGAAUGUGGUGGGCAAACGACACUACGAAGUAGCUCGGCUUCUAAAAGACAUACCGACCAAUACGACGUUUACGCUGCGACUAAUCGAACCGAUGAAGAGCGGUUUUCAGGGAAUCGGUCCACGCAAUGGAUCAAAAGGUGGCACAAAAAAGGGUUACGGUACGGGCAAAGAGACACUUCGUUUCAAGGCUAAUGGAAAUGCAGCAGUCGAAGAACAACACGACGAGACAACACAAAUGGGUAUCGACAACAUAAAUGCACUUUUGGACUCGUUUAUGGGCAUUAACGAUUCCGAACUCGCCGAACAGAUUUGGGACUUAGCGAAUAAUAAAACGAAUUCGAUGGAUUUUGCAGAGGCGAUCGAUAAUUCGGAUUUAGAAGCAUUUGAGUUCACCGAUGAUUUCAUUAUUGAAUUGUGGGGUGCAAUCACGGACGCUAGACGCCAUAAAAAGAGCUAAAAGUUUGCGCGCGUGACUUAUCACUUCCAAAAAGAAACUUAAUUUAAAAGAUACAGACAACACAAAAUCUGUAAUAUGAUUAGUUAGGCUAGUAACAGACAGAAGAAAAAGAAAUAAUAUCAAAUACUAUAACAACGUUGAAUAUUUCAUAGUUUCGAACUCGUCUACGAAUACGAAACUGGUCUAUUGUUUUAAAAGAAAGAACGAGACAAAAUAGAGAUAUAUACACACCGUUAAAAUAUUAUAAAUGUCAUUCUCGAUCGGGGCAAUUAAGAUACAAGUUUCGCGCAUAAUGAUAGUUGGUACAAAAAAAAAACUGAUAGCAGACACAGUCGUGCACCGAAAGAGAUGGCAUUUUCGCAAUGAACAAUAAAAACAACAUGAAACAUUCGAUUGUAAGAGUUGAGAAUUAGUAAAAUGCUAAAAAAAAAUGGUCCAAAUGCAAUAAAACUGCUACAAAUAAGCGAA